GCCCCUUAUGAAGAGAUGAACAUUCCUGUUCUCCCACUUUUUCCACCCCAUAAUAGUGUCCAGAUGGAACCGAAGGAAAGCACCUUUGAAUGUGAGCUGUGUGGAUUAACUGCACCCUACAGCUACUACGGACAGCAGCCUCCAAAUGCCUUCUCCGUCACCCUCCUGGAAGAUUGCUAUGUUACGAAAGACCCGUUCACCUCGGAGAAGGGCAGAUUCCUUAUCCUUGGAGCGCAGUGCAGUCUGUGUCACAAGCGGGUGUGUGUUGACCCGGACUGUAGUCUUUUCUAUUCCAAAAGGAUUUGCCUCCCCUGCGUGAACUCACACAUAAGUGAAUUUCCUUUGGAAAUUGAAGAUGAUUUGAAAAAAAAAGCACGCUCAAAAUCUUCAAAAAAAGGAGAUUCCAAGGAUUUGAAGAGAAACUAGCUUGUUUUUAUUGCAGAUGUGCUUUUGUUGAAUAGUCAGAAUAAAAACUGUGUCUUUUUCAUCUCUA